AUGGGUGGAGGAGGAGGCCAUUCAAAAGUUCCACAAGGAUUCAGUCAGCAGUGGCAAUAUCAAUCAACAAUUGAUCCAGAACCAUUGUUUAGGACAAUUUUCGGAGAUGCUUUUAUCAAAGGCUCUUCUCAUUUUGAAGUUUUUACAGAAUCAAAUUAUGGAUUUGGUGAAGCUCAAACAAUUCUCCUCAGAAUAACUUUCACUCAAGCAGCCAGAGGUACCACUAAGGUUGUAAACAUAAACGUAGUAGACAAUUGUCCAAGAUGUAGAGGAUCAAGAUACGAAUCGGGUAUCCAAGCUACAAAAUGCCAAUUUUGUAAUGGUACUGGAAUGCAAAGUAUUACUAUUGGCUUCUUCGUCAUAAGAUCCACGUGUAGAUAUUGUCAAGAUUCCCGAAUGUAUAUUAAGCAUAAAUGUACGAAAUGUAAGGGAUAA